CUUGGCCCGUGGGCGGCGCUUCACGGAGGCGUAGGGAAGCAAUGGCCGCUGACGAAGAUGAGUUGAACCUUCUGGUGAUCAUAGUUGACACCAACCCGAUUUGGUGGGGAAAGCAAGCAUUAAAGGAAUCUCAGUUUACUUUAUCCAAAUGCAUGGAUGCAGUGAUGGUGCUGGCGAAUUCUCACCUGUUCAUGAACCGCUCCAACCAGCUGGCUGUCAUCGCCAGUCACAUUCAGGAAAGCCGGCUCUUAUACCCGGGGAAGAACGGUGGACUUGGAGACUUCUUCGGAGACCCUGGCAAUGCGCUCCCCGACUGUAACCCCUCUGGGAGUAAAGAUGGGAAAUACGAGCUGUUGACAGUUGCAAACGAGGUGAUCGCUGAGGAGAUCAAGGAUCUGAUGACCAAGAGUGACAUCAAGGGCCAGCAUACGGAGACACUACUGGCAGGAUCCCUGGCCAAAGCUCUGUGCUACAUUCACAGAGUGAACAAGGCAGUUAAAGAUAAUCAGGAGAUGAAAUCAAGGAUUUUGGUGAUCAAGGCUGCAGAGGACAGCGCACUGCAGUACAUGAACUUCAUGAACGUCAUCUUUGCUGCUCAGAAGCAGAAUAUCCUCAUCGACGCCUGCGUGCUGGACUCGGAUUCAGGGCUCCUCCAGCAGGCUUGUGACAUCACUGGGGGACUGUACCUGAAGGUGCCUCAGAUGCCUUCUCUCCUGCAGUACUUACUGUGGGUUUUUCUUCCGGACCAAGAUCAGCGGUCUCAGCUAAUCCUCCCACCCCCGAUCCACGUGGACUACAGGGCUGCCUGCUUCUGUCAUCGCAGUCUCAUUGAGAUUGGCUAUGUCUGCUCUGUGUGUCUGUCUAUUUUCUGCAAUUUCAGCCCCAUCUGCACCACGUGCGAGACAGCUUUUAAGAUCUCCCUCCCUCCUGUGCUGAAGGCCAAGAAGAAGAAACAGAAGGUGUCCCUGUGACCAGCGCCACAGGCUUCCCCAGCUCGUCCCACAGGCUGACUCUGUAGGGAGCAUGGAGGAAUUCUUUGAAACACUGCUCUUGCCCUGUGCUUCCAGGGUGUGAAGCUGCAGAGGACCCACACCUCCGAUUUCUCUGGGAAGGGGGACAGGUGUACUUAUUUGUUGUUGUAGGGUAGCAGUUGCCUGGCAGAUGCUAAGCUGUUGCUGUUUUGUUGUCGCUUUGAUUUUGGUGCUGGGUUUUGAAGCCCAGCCUUGCAGGAGCCAGGCCGGCAGCCCCGCACUGAGCUGCAGUCAGCUCCCUGGGACUCUCUGUUCAGAUGAUCCUCUGUCAGCGCUUAUGGCGGAUGCUGGGUCUUCUGCACUUCAGGAUUGGUAGUGUGUGAAGUUGGAUGCCAUUUGGGAAGAUGACCAGCAUUGGGUCACGGCAGCAGUCAUAACAGAGCAUCUUAGUUGCUCAUGGUACACUGCUAGAACCUUGAACCUGGGAGGCUGAGACAGGAAAGUUUUGGGUUCAGAUCCUGCCUGGGAUGUGUAGAAGAUCCUGGCUUUUUUUUUUUUUUUAAAGAACAUUUUACUUAAAAUAAAUUGUUUCCUUUAACUAUACUCAACUGUAACCUGAGCUAAAGGCACAAGCCUUCAGUCUCAGCACUCAGGGAGCAGAGACAGGUGUAUCUCUGAGUUUGAGGCCAGCCUGGUCUACAGAGGGAGUUCAAACCAACCAGGGUUGCAUCUUGCCACCUUUUUUACAAAAAUAUAAAAACUAGUAACAUUAACAUUGGAGAACUUUUGAAUACUAGACAUGUAAAUGAGAAACAUUUGUAAUCUCAACAAUAAAAAUCCUAUUUUUAUAUUUACUAAUUUUCCUUAGAGUGUUUUUCUAACUAUUUGCAUUGAGUAGUUUUUCUUAAAAUUACUAAGAGCUGUGGGAUGGUGGUGGUGCACAACUUUAGUCCCAGCACUCUGUGAGAUCAAGGCCAGAGCUGGUCUACAGUACAAGUCCUAGGACAGCACAGAGAAACCCUGCUCUUCCAGAAGAUCCAGGUUCAAUUCCCAGCACCCACAUAUGAGCUCACAACUAUGUGUAACUCCAGUUCUAAGGAAUCGGAUGCCCCCUUUUUGGCCUCUACAGGCACCAAGCACAAACAGGGUGCCCAGACAUUCAUGCAUAAACCACAAUACACAUAGACUAAAGAUGAAAAGAAAAUCAGCAGUCUGGCAUGACGGCUCAGCAGGUCUUGACGAUUCUCAGGGCCCGAGAAUUGUCUUCAUUCAAUUCUAUGUGGGACUGUCCCUGCCUUUUUACAUACAAGGAGCUGAGGCAUAGACUUACCAGAGCUGGAGCCUAGAAGGGCAGGGCAUGAAGGUGGCAGUGGCCAUGCAGGGCUUCCUGCUGUUGCUCUGGGGGCCACUGCUGAUCACAUGACUGUGGCCUGAGAUGGCAGUGGGAUGCCCAAACCAGUUUGCUGUGCCUAGUGGAAGGUGGCAGUGGCAACAGAUCCACAGCCACUUUACUGGAUUCUUUGGAAGGGGAGGACCAGGUCACUCCAACCUGAUUCGGCUUGCAUCCCCCUAACUGGCACGGACACCACCACCCUGUCCCAUCUCCUUAUUUAAACAUGGAUCCACACUGUCUUCUUCAGGAUACUGUUGGGUUUAUUUUCAACUGGAACUAAUAAAACUCAAGGCAGAUUUG